GCAUGGGAAUCUGCGGCCGCCGGCGUGCGAGGCGGGCAGAGCUCAAGCCGGGCCAGAGGAGGGUGAGGAAGGGGACUGCUGGCCCCGCCCUCAGUCCCUUUCGUAGGCUGCGCUUCCUUCUCUGAGGGAGCGGUUGCCUCGCUGCGGCCGCCACCUGGACUUUCUUCAGGCUCCAGCUAUAUCUGCCAACCACGAGGAGACCAGGGAGGAAAAGCGGAGCCAAGAAGCCCGUACCUCUCACCUUCCACGCCGUUUUCCGCCCGAGAUCGGCCAGGCAGGGAUGGGCGACAAGAUUUGGCUGCCCUUCCCCGUGCUCUUCCCGGCCGCUCUGUCCCUAGUGCUGCUGCCGGGGGCGGCCGGCUUCACCCCCUCCUUGGACAGUGACUUCACCUUUACCCUUCCGGCCGGCCAGAAGGAAUGUUUCUACCAGCCCAUGCCCCUGAAGGCCUCGCUGGAGAUCGAGUACCAAGUUUUAGAUGGAGCAGGAUUAGAUAUUGAUUUCCAUCUUGCCUCUCCAGAAGGCAAAACCUUAGUUUUUGAACAAAGAAAAUCAGACGGAGUUCACACUAUAGAGACUGAAGUUGGUGACUACAUGUUCUGCUUUGAUAAUACAUUCAGCACCAUUUCUGAGAAGGUGAUUUUCUUUGAAUUAAUCCUGGAUAAUAUGGGAGAACAAGCACAAGAACAGGAAGACUGGAAGAAAUAUAUUACUGGCACAGAUAUGUUGGAUAUGAAACUAGAAGACAUCCUGGAAUCCAUCAACAGCAUCAAGUCCAGACUAAGCAAAAGUGGUCAUAUCCAAACUCUGCUAAGAGCAUUUGAAGCUCGUGAUCGAAACAUACAAGAAAGCAACUUUGAUAGAGUCAAUUUCUGGUCUAUGGUUAAUUUAGUGGUCAUGGUGGUGGUGUCAGCCAUUCAAGUUUAUAUGCUGAAGAGUCUAUUUGAAGAUAAGAGGAAAAGUAGAACUUAAACUCCAAACUAGAAUACUUAACAUUGAAGUAAGAGGCAGAAAAAGGCAAUAAACUGUUACAGUCAGGACCAUUAAUAGUCUUUUCCAAAAUGUUUCCAGGCAUUAUCAUAAGUGUGAAACAGGUAUAAUUUUAAUGUGAAAGGAAAGUCUUCACUCUGCAAGUAAUAUUAUUGAUCCUGAUGUACUUAAGUAAAUAACAGGAAUAUUUUGCAGAAUAUAGGUUUAAUUGAAUGAAGCCAUAUUAAUAACUGGAAAAUUUGUGACUGUCACAGAUUUAAAUAAAUGAACAUUGGGCCUAAUGAAACAUCAAAAGUCUGUUUUUAAAAGUUUCUGUUGCCCAGAAGUUUCUUUAUAAAUGUGGCAAUUACAAAUUAAUUGUAGAAGUUUUCAAUAUAUUGUUAUAAAUCUGAGAAUUAUCCAAAUAUGGAUUGAAUAUAUCUUAGAAGAAAAAGGCUCAGCUUUUCUCUAUGUAUAUAUCAUUUCUCUUUUAACAUAAACAGAAGCAUAGCUUCGAAAUACAGUAAGGUUUGAGAUUUUUAUAACCAAAUAUAUAUCAAUGUAAAAUAUUAACAAAAGGUAUUAGUUUUAUAUACUUAGCCUAUAUUCCCAAAAGCUGACAUUUUGAUAAUUCUUAAAAAUGCAAAGUUAUACUUUCCUCAUUAGAGGUAGGACACAUUUUCUCCUUGCAGUGAAGAAUAUAGAAAGGUUGCUCAAUCUAGAUAAGGACACAUUCUGUCUAGCCUUUAACUGAGGUAUAGGAUUUAAAAAUUAAAUGUGAGGUAAAAUAAGUUUAUUUUUAUAAUAUCUGUCAAUGGUGUUAUAUUAAUUUUAAUAUGAUUACUGACUUGGAUAAUACAUUAUUACCAGCAGUUGUGAAGGAAAUAUUGCUAAAAGAAUCUGGUCUCGGCCUCACAUAAAUAUCUCCUUUUCUGAGUUCUCAAAAUUAUCAGAACAAUAACAAAGAACUUAGGUAAACUUGAGAAUACUUGAUCCAAAAUAAAGUUCACUUAAAUAGAACUAUAAAUAAGUAUCUGGAAUCUGAUUGGCUUAUCAUGAUAUCCCAGUUCUAAUAUAAAUCAUAAGAUUAAUUUCCAGUUAACUGGAAGAAACUGUAUUUGCUUACUGGUUUUAUUUUUUUACAAUUAUUCUGUUUUGAAUUAUCUUUUGUAAGUAUUCAGGUACAUAUUAUGAAAUGUAAGUCCUACUGUAAGGUUUAGCACUGGGUGUAAUUAUUUAUUACAGUUUUUAUUGUAACUUUCAUAAAAUGACCUUUUUGAUCACUUUAUUUAUUGACAUUUUAGUAAGGAUUGGAAACACACAGAGAUCCAAGUUAUAAACACCCAAUAUAUGAAUAACCCAUAUAUACAUAAAAAGUCUAUCAUCCUAGCUUAUCGCAGUCUAUGGAGUCUAACUCAAGUAUUAGUAAUUUAAUUUCAUCGUGAAUAAAUAUUGUUUAUGACAAAUAUAUUGUGAGUUAGAAAAAAAUCAACUUAAAAAUUUGGGUAUAGUACCCAUCUAUAAGUUAGUACUGCUGGAAUUCCUGAUAAGCAAUAAUGAUAUCCAGGGAGAGUGAUUUCACUUAAAAUUUACACUCAGUGGCAGAGAAAGAUGUGUUUUCCCCUCCUUAGGCCCUUUGGAGAAGAAUAGAAACUUAGAUUUCCCUACUCUGAGGCUUUUAAAAAAUGAGAUAAAUGCCACAUUGAUCCAUUACCUUAACUGGCCAAGUAAACGCUUCAGAUGUCCAGGAGUAGCUCCUGUAACACUUGCAGAACAAGGGCCAAUAUGAUCAUUGCCUAAGAAGAGCCUUCCCAUUUCCCCUGUUAAAUUCAUAAUGAGAAGCAAACUUUCAGUACCAUAACUAAUAAAGCAGGGUAUAGCUAUAAACUACUGCAUCUUUGCUAUUUAAAACUGUGAUUAAAAAUUCUACCUCUUCUGUAUGGCUGUUAUUGUACUCUGAUUCCUUACCUAACACUGAAUUUGUUUAUCAUCUUCUGCAUAUGUAAUUUGUGCCACUAAUUUUAAGCCUAUUAACUUCUUGCCAUAUAAAAAUAAUAAAGGCUUUAUUUGGAAAACAAAGAAUUUAGGAAUAAUAAUGACAGUUUUAUUUCUAUACACACAAAGUGAGAUAUUUAAGAAGCAUGUUACCUGAAUUAACCAUGUGACCUGAAUUUUUUAAAUUAAUUUUUAAAAAUUGUAAACAAAGGACAAAAAUCCUUAAUUUUUUUUUUUUAAAGAUGACUGGGUAAGGGGAUCCAAACCCUUGACUUGGUGUUGUCAGCACCACGCUCUCCCAAGUGAGCUAACUGGCCAUCCUUAUAUAGGGAUCCGAACCAGUGGCCUUGGUGUUAUUAGCACCACACUCUCCCAAGUGAGCCACGGGCCAGCCCUAAAAAUCCUUAAUAUUUCUAAAGGUAUAUUGUUUAUCUGAUUCAUAAGGUUUUUUAAUGUCACUAUUCCAUUUCUAAAUUUAAAUUAUGCUAAAACAGAGUAAGCUAUUUAUCAUUUAACAGCUUAUCUUGUCUUUGGCUUUUAAUUACGUAAACUUUUAAAAUAAUACAAUAUUUAACUAAGGCCUAGAGUUCACUCUGAUUUGCAUUUGGAUCGUUAAUGAUGUGCUAUUCUUUCAUGUGAAUGUCAAGACAUGGCAGGUAAAUGUUUGAAAAAUAGCAUUAAAUAAAUUACCAAUUGAAAUGUAAUUGUAUGUUAAGUAUAUUUAUCCUGCUUAAACAUUACGAUGUCUUAAAAUAGACAGAAACCGAAUACCUAUAAUUGUAUGCCUCUUUCAAAUUUUAAAAGAAAUUGAUUCAGCAUGUAAUGAUUUUUCCUCUGUAGUGUAAUAAUGAACAAUAGUGUUGCUCAAAUUGCUUUAUACUUAUGAACAGACAUCCAUCUUAAAUGAGCAACAUAUUAGAAGUACUAGACUGAUAAAGAAAAUCUUAUCUACCACUCAUUGUAAAUGCUGUCUGUUCCUUAAAGCCUUUCUUAAUCUCAAUCUUAGUUAAAUAUGCUCUCCUCUCCCAUUUUGAAAACCCAUAGUUGUCUGCACCUUUUAUCAUAUAUCAUUCUACUUUGCAUUGGAGUUCUGUUUAUAUAUGUACUUACUCAUCUGUUGCCUAAACAUGUAUUGUACCUAAAAGGUGCUCAAAACAUAUAGAGACAAAGAUCAUCAGUUUGAAAGCUUGGAAUGCUAAAUAAGCACCCAGGGAGCUUAUCCACUCAUCUUUCCCAACCCAAAAGUUGAUUCUUUAAGUCUGUAACAGGGCUCUGGAAUCUUAAUUUUUAACUAACACAAUAUGGAAUUAAGUCAAUUAUCCUUGGACCAUUUACUAGCUAAUGAUUUUGGCAAAUCAGAACUCCUUUGAGCCUAAUCAUUUGUAGAAAUACUUUAAGUAACAUCUUUAAAGUUGUUAAAAUAGCAUAUAAAAAAGUAAAGUAAAAUGCUUGGUGUAGGUUGGCAUAUUAUUUAUUGGUCAUUUCCUUCAUACCAUGUAGACAAGCCACUCUUCCCCCACAAGCUGGUAGAAAUCCUUAGGCACCUUUCUACUUCUACAAUCCCAUCACUUUCAGGUAUCUGGAAUUCUGGAAGGCACAGAUUAAAGAAUCCAGACCUAGGAUGAUGUUCUAAAGGAAGGGAACAUCAAGGUGGACUCUGGAUCACUGCAUCUGAAAGAAAAAGGCAAGAAAAUUCAGGGCAGGGAAAAAACCCUGGAGAUCUUCACUGACCAUGAAUCAACAGCCUAAUAAUGUGACAACUAACAACAAAAACCUUGCCAUUUUAUUGCUUGAGUUUUUGUUUCUGUUUUAACAGGCUUAGAUUUAUUAGUAUGCCUUCUAUAGUGGAUUAAGAGGAAAUAGGGAAGCAGUAAAAUGAAUAGUGAGAAUCAGUUGCACAACACUGAUAAGUACUCCCUCAUAAAGAAAGAUACUACUCCCUCUGGAAAUUUUUAAGGAACAAUAAUGAUUAACAGUUGUAAAAGGGAUUAUUUCUCCAUCCAAUAUCAAUUUGGAGGCUGGACUAAACCUAACCUCGCUACUCUUAAUUUCAAUUCUUAAAGGACUAGUGAUGCCAUUUGUAGGAGAAAGCUCAAAGAAGAGACCAGAGCUUCAAAAGAUACACUUUAGAGUUGUUUUGUGAGCAUGCAAGAGAAAUUGGGCAUUGAUACUGAGAUAUAAAAUAAUAAAGCCACUCAAGAAAAUAUUCUCGGCAGUUUCUUAUAAAAUUAAACAUGCACUUAACAUACAAUGCAGCAUUUGUGCUCUCGGGUCUUUAUCCCUGAGAAAUGAAAACUUAAGUUUAAAUAAAAACCUGUACACAAAUGUACACUGCAGCUUAAUUUGUAACAGCUGAAAACUUUAAACAACCCAAAUGUCCUUCAACAAGUGAACAGUUAAACUUUAGUAUAUCCAUCAUGGAAUACUAUGCAUCAACAGAAAUAAAUAAACUAUUGAUUUAUGCAACAAUUUGGAUGGAUCUCAAGAGAAUUAUGCUUAGUGAAAAAAGCACUCUUAAAAGUUUACCCGCUGUAUGACUCUGCUUAUAUAACAUUCUUGAAAUAACAAAAAUUAUAGAGAUGGGAAACAGACUGGUGGUUGCCAGGUGUUAGGGAUGGUGUGAAAAAGGAAAAUGUGGCCGUAAAGCGAGUCUUGUGGUAGAACAGUUCUGUAUCUUGAUUGUGGUGGUUACACAAAUAUACAUAUGAUAAAACUGCAUAUAACUAUAGAGACACAAAUGAAUCUGUAAUUAUUUCAAAAUAAAAAUGUAAAACAAAAA